AUGAGUGGUGAAAUUGAGAACUCCACUGUAGUAGUAAUCUUGGAUCAAAAAGAAGAUGAAAUUGUAGGAUUUGAUUUUAUUUCCUUUCCGGAAGCCAAUAUUGUAUCUGGAAUUUGGAAUCUUACUCCAGGUUCACAUUUUAUGUACAUUAAGAAUAAAGAAAAAGGUAAUAUAUUUAAUUAUAACAAUUCUUCAGAUGAAUGUAGACUAGGAGAGUUUUUAUACCUAAAAAAAGGUGAAAUUAAAGUUUAUAAGAGAUCGCAAGUAGAAGAAGGUUCAUUAUUUGAGUUGGUGGAGGAAUAUUGUAAUCAGAAAUACAAGGAAUCGAUAGUUAUGGGUCAUUUGAGAGGUAAAAUGUCUAAGAUUCCUGAAAACCUAUCGAAUUUAUGGGCAAAUAUCACGGAUUGUAUUAAUCCAGAACUUAUUCUAAGACUCAGACCGAUCAAUAAAGUUAUUACAAACCAGCCUUUUCCAGCUAGUAAAUCAGAAAACUCUGAAAUACCGCCUGAAAACAACAUAAACACUGAUUUAAGAAGUGAUUGUGAGUUAAGAAAUUGUACAACAAGAUUGGAACUCAGUGAUAGUGAAGAAGACCCAUCAAAAACACUAGAAGAAUAUAAAAAUGUAGCAAGUAAUUUAUCGUCAUUUAAAAGUAAAGUUGAUGUAAACCUGAUUAAAAGUAGUGAUAAGAGUAAUGGCUGUAGUUUUAAUGACACAAAAAAGUCAGAGAAUCAUGUAGAUGAUAGUGUAGAAAAGGAUUAUGAAUCAAUAUAUUAUUCAGAUAUACCAAUGUGCAAUGAUAGAAUAAGAAAAAUGAAGGAAAUAACACCAGAACAGCUAACGAAAAUGCACAUGGAUACCAGCUAUAUCAUAGAUUCAAUCAGUAACGAUAAUCGUUCAAAUGGGUAUAAAAUGGCUGAAUUUAAUAAUAAGUAUUUGUAUGUUCUGGGAGAGUUACAGUAUAGCUUUCUGGUCUUCAUUUUGUGCUUUAAUUUUGAGAGUUUGGAACAGUACAAAAGACUUUUAAGAGCAUUUUGUAACGCUGAGUCACUGUUAAUUAAUGACCAGGAAUUGACUAGAAAUUUUCUAAGAACCCUCAGAUUUCAAAUAGAAAUCUGGGACGAACAACAUGAUGUGUACCAAAAGGAUAAUUUCUUGACCCAUCACCUGUGCAAUUUACGCGAAAUAAUGAUUGAUAACAGUGAUAAAUUAAAAACUUGCUUAGAUCACUUUAAACUGUUGGAAGACUCUUUCAAACUAAAAUUUGGAAUCUCACUCAAUGAUUUGAACACAAUACACUCCAAUAUAAUAUAA